AUGCCAUAUCAAUAUCAACCGCUGCCAACUCCCCAAGACUCAGAAGAUGUGUAUAUACGCUUGCUGGAGCUCCACGAGGGUCCUCCGAGUGGUCCCAUUACCGGUCGACUGUACACAACGUUGUUAUCAAAAGCUCCGAAGUUCUAUACCGUCUCGUACUGCUGGGGGCCGCCGGCACACAAAGGUACCAUUCACAUCACAAACUCAGCACCCCCUUAUGACCUGGAGAAUGAUAAUACUCUCGAGAUACCCGCCACGUUGAUACCAUUGCUAUACCAGAUACGCGGGUGGUAUUUGCUGAGAGCACGCACUUUAUGGAUCGACAGCGUGUGUUUGAACCAGCUGGAUGAUGAUGAGAAGACCGCGAACGUACCGAGGAUGCGGGAGGUGUACAUGAAGGCUACUCUCACUAUAAGUUGGCUGGGGCCGGCAGUGGAGGGGAUUGCAGCAGCGUUCAGCUAUGCUUCUCAACUGUGCACAAACUACAUACGAGAGAUGGCUGAACAAAAACAAAUCGUCCUGACACCCGAACAGGAGAAAGAGAAAGAUGUACGCGUCAAGGUCAAGCUGGGCGAUCCGGCGCUUGAAACACUGAUAGGCCUUCUCGAACGGCCUUACUUCGAGCGGGCUUGGAUCAUGCAAGAAGUCGUUGUUUCCAGCAACGUGUGGUUCAUGUGUGGAAGCGCUACGAUAAAAUGGGAUGUGCUGCUAGUUGCGUAUCUGUAUCUGAUUACGAGUCCGCUGUGGAUAUGGGAGUUUUACCACGGUAAUCGGAUCCAUAUACCCGCUCUCAUGAAGCUCAGUGAGAUGGAAUGGAUAAGCGGCGCCGAUACUGAUUGGUUUGGCAUGCUGCUGAGGCAUCGGAUGUGUUUAUCUGGUGACCCUAGGGACAAAGUGUACGCUUUUUAUGGUAUGAGAUGUAAGAAGUCACUAGAAAUGCUAGGAGUCGAGCCAGAUUACGACCCAAAAACCACUACGGAGGUCGUGUACAUUCGGCUGGCUGCCCGCGCGCUUCACAAAGCACAAGUAGCAGUUCUCCAUGUGCCUCGUCUUGUUACAACCUCUCAUGAAGAGAGCGACCCAAACUUCAAACGACUCACACUUCCAUCCUGGGUACCGGACUGGCGCUGGACGGAAGCAACACCUAUGUCGCUCGUCUUCACCGAGCUGUCCGGUAAUGACGCCGGCGUAGUGCUAGACUACCAUGCCUCGAAGGACUCCGAUUUCGAACCCGGCUUUGACGUCGAGGCGUAUAAUACACCAUCAACCUCCAUACAAAAUUUGAAGCAGUCGCCCUUGCCCAAAAUGCUUAGGUUGUACGGAGUUACAGUAGCGAAAAUUACACAGCUCACACCGCGCCCGUGGAUAUCGCGGAAAACCUCACUUCGCCAAUCCCUGCUGGAACAAGCAAAAUCACUGCAAUUCGGUAUGCACCAAGUCCAUGAAUGGGAGUUUCUCUUCCGCCCUCGAAAUGCCACACAAAUCUAUCCCGCGACAGGCGAACUUGCAACGCGGGCCAUGUACGAGACGUUCAUGGCUGGCGACACGCAAAAUGCCCCAGAAAUCAAGCUCAGCGCUUCCGUAGCAUUUGAAAGACGGCAGCGUAUCCUACGUCUGUUUAACAUAUUUCACGUUCACGGCUUCCUAAUUUGCUAUAUUGUGGUAAUAUUGGUUGAGCGUGUCCUUCGUCGAUUUGGCUGGGUCAAUCCUGAAGUACAGUUUAGGAAUAUGGUAGGUCAUGUGACGAAUCGCAAGGGCGCACAGAUGGUCGAUGUUGAAGAUUCCGAAAUAGCUUAUCAUGCGCUGGUGCCGGGUACAUGUCGGCUUGGGGACCAUGUGGUGCUGGUUGGGGGUGUUAUGACACCGCUCAUACUGCGGGAGAAGGGUGGAGGCACGAUCACUACGUGGGAGUUUGUUGGCGAUGCUUAUGUCCAUGGCAUUAUGAAGGGGGAGCUUUGGGAGGAGAGGAAGGGGAAUCGUGAAGAUAUGUGGGUUGCUUGA